AUGCGGACAGUGUUGCUCCUCCUCAUAAUGGGAGUAGUGGAUCUGAGCAUCGGCCAGCAUUACAGCCAGUUUCAGUGGCUGUCCCAUCUGCGAGGGCGGCGGCGGAAUGCCGGCUGGUGGGCCGAUGACGUGGACUGCCCCCUGGAGUGCGAUUGUCCCUCUACCUACCCCACAGCUAUGUACUGUCACAGCCGCAACCUUCAGCAUGUUCCCUACAUCCCCUCACAUAUUAAGUACGUCUACCUGCAGCAUAACCAGAUCACAGGCAUUCAGGAUGGGGUGUUUGACAACGCCACUAACUUGGUCUGGGUUGUACUGUUUCACAACCAGCUCAACUCAGACAAGAUCGGCAAGAACGUCUUCAGCAAGCUGAAGAACCUCGAGCGGCUCUUCUUGGAUCACAAUGACCUCAUACGUGUGCCUUCCAACUUGCCCAAGUCUAUCACGGACCUGCGACUCGGCCACAACAAGAUCUCAAAAAUCCUCUCCAGCUCAUUUGAGGGGAUGGCUAACCUCAUCACCCUUCAGCUCCAGGCAAAUGUCAUAGAGGACGUUGGAGGUGUGUUCAAGGGACUGAAGUCUCUGACUAUGCUGGAUAUGAGAAAAAACAGGCUGAGGAAAAUCCCUGACAACCUCCCUGAGAGGAUGCAGCAGCUCUACCUGGAGUUUAAUAACAUAGAGAGUGUGCCGACGGGCUUUCUUACCAAGUAUCCCAAACUGCAGUUUGUCCGGUUGGCUCACAACAAGCUGACAGAUAAAGGACUUCCAUCCAAUGUCUUCAAUAUCAGCACGCUGGUUGAGCUAGAUCUUUCUUUUAAUAAACUGGAGAAGAUCCCUGUUGUCAGUAGGAACCUGGAGAACCUUUAUUUACAAGCCAAUAAGAUCAAAGAGUUCUCCCUGGGCAGUUUCUGCAGUACAACCAAUAUGACAAACUUCUCCAAGCUGAGAAUGCUGCGUUUGGAUGCCAAUGAGAUCAGUGCCAAAGCCAUACCUGCGGAAGCAGCCUACUGUUUGCGGCAUGUUUCCUUCAUUGAUAUAUAG